AUGAAAACUUCAAUUCCUGUAUUAUAAAAGAAGCCUAUAAAUCUUAUGAAAUUGAAUUAUUAAAAGAUAAUGAGUCAAAUAAAUUAAGAAUAUGUACCUACACAAACCAAUUUUCAUAGCCCAAUAAAAUCUAAAAAGAAGUAAAACCAACAUUUCACAUUUGCGUUAUCUUCAAUAGAGCAAUAUUAAACAAUCAACUAUAAUGAUGAACCAAAAUUACCUGAAAUAAAAAGAUAGAGAAACGAUUCUUUUACACAAGCAUUCAAAUUACAUGUAGAUAUCAAGAAAUCAGAAGACAGUUAGAUUCUUUCGUUAGAUAAAUGGAAAGGUCCAAAAAAGAGAAGUUAAUCACCAGCAAGAAGAUCUACAAAAAUAUUACCUCCUAUGAAUGUUAAUUAUAAAUAAAGAAAUAGUCAAAGUUUAAUGGUUUUAAGAAGUCAUUAAUUAGAUGAAAUGAAAAAAUUAUAACAUCUCAUAAAAGAUGUUUUAACAAAAUAAGAUCAUUAAAUGAAUCAUCAUUUUGAUUCAUUGUAAUAAGAACUCUCGGAAUGA